AUGCCAGAAUUUACUUUGCCACAACAGGAGAGCAGCCUGCGAAGCGAUCCCACAGGAAUUAAAAACACCAACGCCAUCCCCAUCCAGCCAGCCAUUAUCAACGCCACCCAGCCAUCAACGUCCACCUACAGCGCAACACCAACAACACCAGCCAUCCAGCCACCGAUGGCAACACCAGCCACUCCACUAACAGCCAGCGACAACACCACCGGCCAGCCCUGCAACAACGUCAGCUCGUAA